AUUAAAAAAAUCUCUAAUAAUAUUUUUUUUAUUAUAUUAAUUUCAGGAACUUUAAUUACCAUUUCAUCUAAUUCCUGAUUAGGAGCUUGAAUAGGAUUAGAAAUUAAUUUACUUUCAUUUAUCCCCUUAAUAAAUGAAGGUAAAAAAAAUCUAAUAACUUCAGAAAGUAGUCUAAAAUAUUUUUUAACUCAAGCUUUCGCUUCUUCAAUUUUAUUAUUUGCUAUUAUUUUAAUAAUAAUAUUUUUUAAUGAAAAUUGAAUAAUAAAUAAUAAUUUUAAUAAUUUAUUAAUUUUAUCUACUUUAUUAUUAAAAAGAGGAGCAGCUCCUUUUCAUUUUUGAUUCCCAGGAGUUAUAGAAGGAUUAAAUUGAAUUAAUGGUUUAAUUUUAAUAACUUGACAAAAAAUCGCUCCUUUAAUACUUAUUUCCUAUAAUUUAAAUAUUAAUUUUUUUUACUUUACAAUUUUACUUUCAAUAAUUAUUGGAGCUUUAGGAGGAUUAAAUCAAACAUCUUUACGUAAAUUAAUAGCUUUUUCAUCAAUUAAUCAUAUUGGUUGAAUAUUAAUAGCUAUAAUAAAUAACGAACUUUUAUGAUUAACUUAUUUUUUAUUAUAUUCAAUUUUAUCUAUAUCUAUCAUUUUAAUAUUUAAUAAUUUUAAAUUAUUUCAUUUUAAUCAAAUUUUUAAUUUUUCAAUAAUAAAUCCUUACAUUAAAUUCUUUAUAUUUUUAAAUCUUUUAUCUUUAGGAGGAUUACCCCCAUUUCUAGGAUUUUUACCUAAAUGAUUAGUUAUUCAAAAUUUAGUAGAAAUAAAUCAAUUAUUUCUUUUAUUUAUUGCUGUUUGUUUAACUUUAAUUACUUUAUACUAUUAUUUACGAAUAUCUUAUAGUAUUUAUAUAUUAAAUUACAAUAAAAAUUCAUGAAUAUUAAUAAAUUCUUAUUCUAAUAAUAAUUUAACUUUAAUUUUAACUAUAAAUUUUAUUUCUAUUAUAGGAUUAUUAAUUAUUACAUUAAUUUAUUUAAUCUUAUAA